GAAGAGGGCACAUUGCCACAGAGAGCUGGCCUAGAGGCUGUCACGGCUUCCAUUCUGUAUUCUCUGGGACACUAAUUCAACAUGGGCUUCCUCUCCUACAUAACCUCUUUCCUCCCUGGGGUGCCCUGGCCACUGUGGGGCAGUGUGGACUCUCUGCUACAAGGUCUGGUUGGGGCCUGUGCAGUGUCUGUCCUCUACAACUUCAUGAAGGUCCAUCUCUAUGUCAUGUGUCUCAAGGACCCUGACAGACGGAAACAGUCUGAGCAGCUACGCUGCCAAUUUCGAUUUCAGGAUACACUGCACCUUGUGCUUCUCGCCUUCAUAUACUCUGUACUGGGGCCUCGAGUCGGUGCCUUGGUGGUUCUGGAGUUUUCGCUUCGAGCUGUCUCAAUGAUCCUCUCUCUCAAUAAGGGUUCUCAGAGCUCCCAGCUGUUCCUCCUUUGCCAGUUCUCUCUGGGAUGUGGGGUUAGUUGCAGUCUUGAUUACCUCCAUGAGGGGGCACCACAUCGCACCUGGAACCUGCUCUUGGCUGUGGGGCUUUCGGCACUCAUUGUCUGGCAGACACGAAGGAUGUGUCGCCAUGUGGGAAUCAUGUAUGAGCUGCACAGUAAAGAGCGGUAUUGCGGUGUUUGCUUGUCGCUGCUGGCUGGAUGGCAGGAUAUCCCCGCUGUCCUGGGCCGGGCUCUCAAGAUUGCCUUUCUAGUGUCUGACCUGGCAGCUGUGGCUGUAAUAAACAGAGAUUUCCUCAGCACCUCCGAGGCUGUCCGCUUUUGGACUCCACUCACCAUCUGUUACACUCUGCUUGUCAUCUACAUGCAAGAGGAACAGCAUCAGAAUCCCACGCAGCAGAUGGCAUAUCAGACUGUAUUUGUACGGAUGGGAGGACUCCUCAUACUUAUGAUGACAGUAGGCAGGUGGGCUGAUAUUUUGCAUAUCUUCAUUUCACUGACUGGAGAAUUGUGGUGCUUGGUUCAUGCUGGGACUAUGCUGGAAAUCUGCAGAGAACAGGACUAUGCAUCGAGAAACUCAAAUCCUAGAAGAUCUCCCAUUUCCAAAAACUCCAAACUUACAACAGAAAACAGUGCCCAGAGAAGUGAGACUAAUGUAGAAGGAUAAGGUGAUUCUAAGAGUUCGUUACAUUCACCAGCACAGUGUGACUUACUGGGAUUAUCUCGACUCCUAUGAGACCGGCCAAUCCUUGGAAAAGCCGUAGGCUACAAACUACUUUUAAACUCUGAAAACACAGGAACGGAUGGAGAACAUGUUCAGUUCACUGUGUAAAUUGUGACUUGGGGAAGCCACUCAUGUCCGUGUUCUAGAGACAUUAACAUGUUUUUACAAACUCACCAGCAUGCUAACAAAACCUUACGUUUACUUUUUAAACUUUUCUUUUUAAAAAAAGAAUGUAUCGGCAUCUGUGAUUAGUAUAAUGACUAAACCAGUCAAUGUUUAUAGGAAAUCAUAGAGAGAGAGAGAGAGAGAGAGAGAGAGAGAGAGUUUUUUGUUACCCCUCACCCCCGUUUUGCAUCAAUGGUCGCAAUACGCACCUGAAGACUAUAGAUAGUGAUCUGUCCGUGCC